UGAUCUCAUCAUCUGGUCAAGAUGGCGGCUUGCUGAGCUGAUCAAUAAACUGAGUUAUAAGGACUGUAGUCAUUAGUACAAUGGCCCAGUUCUUUCAGAACCUGAAGCACCGGAAUGAAGAGAUACGCCUGAAGGCUGCUCGUGAUCUACAGCGUUUUGUACAGACGGAACUGAGAGAAUUACCCAAUGAACGAUAUCAGGCUCAACUGGACGAGAUCAACCAGUGUAUAUAUGCCUCAAUCAUCAGUACUGACGUCCACGAGAAGAAAGGAGGCAUUCUAGCCAUUAUUAGUUUAGUAGCUUUGGAAGGUACUGUCCAAAGACUCGGUCGUUUUGCCAAUUACCUUAGAGCCAUUAUACCUCAUCAAGAUGUCUCACUGACUGAAAUGGUAGCGAAAGCUAUUGGACAACUAGCACUCUGUGAAGGGAAUUAUACAGCAGAGUAUGUUGAGUUUGAGAUAAAGAGGGCCCUGGAGUGGUUAGGAGGUAAUGAUAACAAGAAGCUUGCUGCAGUCCUCAUCCUCAGGGAACUGGCUCUUCACACGCCCACUCUCUUCUACAUGCAGUUCCAACAGUUUUUUGAUAACAUUUUUUCUGCUGUCCGUGAUCCAAAGCUUUUGAUUAGAGAGAAAGCAAUGUUAGCACUGAAGGCUUGCCUGAGACUAGUAGCUGAAAGGGAAGAUAAGGAAACCAUCAGCAUUCGCUAUUAUGAGUUGGCAUAUAAAGAAGCAGUAUCUGGACUGGUUGAUGGUGUUGGCAGUGUCAGUGGUAGUGGAUCUAAGGACAAAGCUGGUAACCUUGGGAGAGAUGAUCGUAUUCAUGGGUCACUGCUCAUCAUUAACGAGCUGAUCAUGAACUGUGCCUUCCCUGAUGAAAGUGUUCGUGAGGAAUUAUUGGAAGAUCAUGAAAGUGAAGAUGUGAUGGGACUCUCUUCACUCAUCAAUUGUUCUGAAGCUAAGUCGGUCUCUUACUCCAGUGCAGCCAAGAAUCAGGACACUGGAGUAGCUGUGAGUACACACACGACUACUGCACUGAUAAGGAGGUUCCCUGGCUUCACUGUUGCUUAUGGAGGAGGGAAAAGAGCAGAGAUGAAGUUUCAACCAUCAAAGAUUUGUCAGCAGUUUAUGAAUAAACAGUUUGAUGAAGUGUGUCGUAUUGUGAUGAAGAAUAAGAACAGUCGUAGUGCAGUCAUACAACAGGCAAUACUACUCCUCUUGCCUCGUAUUGCAGCUCUGAACUCUGAACUGUUUGCAUUAAAUUACAUGACUGGUUGUGUUGAGUUCUUGAUGAGUUGCCUAAAGAAGGAGAGAGAGCGUCCAGUAGCCUUCAGAGCAGUUGGUCAAAUGGUGUUAGUACUGAAGGAUAGGAUGGACCUUCAACCUGUCAUACAGAUGGUGAAAACCAACCUACCCAUUGGUAAAGACGUUGGGGGAAAACGAGGCAGUCGUGGCAUUAUAGUACCUGAUCCAGCAGUCUUCCUCUGCAUCAGUAUGCUAGCAAGAGCCGUCGGUCCUAACAUUGAGGUUGAGAUUCGUCCGGUUCUUGAUCAGAUAUUUGCUCUUGGAUUGAGCAUUGAACUCACCAACGCUCUCAAGGUAUUGGCCCGUGAGAUACCCUCACUGCAGAAAGAUAUUCAAGAUGGUCUUCUUAAGAUGCUCUACAUGAUUCUGCUUCAUCAACAGUUCAAGCAUCCUGGAGCACCCAAAGUGGCCCCAUCCACUUCCACAAGUCAGCUCUCCUCUACUCCAUUCCCUGAAUCUGACAUUGGGAAUAUAACACUAGCUUUACAGACUUUAGGGUCUUUUAAUUUUGGAGCUCACCUGCCCCUUCAGCUAGUACAGAAUGUUGCUGAUAUGUACUUAUAUUCUGAACACAAGAGCAUCAGAUUGGAAGCUGUUAAGACUUGCACUGCUCUAUUAGUACCAGCCCUCCUCCCUCCGACCAUAUUCACUACACCUUUUGUCCAGUUCAGUCAAGCCUCGUCACAAGUGGUGGCUGAAGUAUUGAGGAAACUAUUGACAGUUGGCAUUACUGAUACUG